AUGUUGCACGAGGCACUAAUGCUCGAGAUCUACAGACAGGCGCUAAAUGCCGGCGCCCUGCCCACAGCACGUCCACGUUCCACGGAAUCGGCCAACUCCAGUGAGCGUUGUCCCUCGCACGAUUCCAACUCCUCGGACAAUGGAGGUGGCCAGCGCGAAGCCUCGAGCGGUAUGGGUGGCGGCAGCGGCGUUGGCGUCCUGCCUGUCGUUCCCACCACAAUGCACUCAACAUUCCCGGCCGUGCCGCAGUCACUGCCCGCACAGCCCCCCUCCAUGGAGGCCUAUCUACACAUGGUAGCCGCUGCGGCGCAACAAUAUGGCUUUCCCUUGGCAGCCGCCGCUGCCGGUCCGCGGCUCCCGCUGCCACUGCCAAACGAGGCGGCCGCACCUUUCAAACUGCCACCGCAAGCUUCACCCACGGCCUCGAGUAAUAACUCGGAGGCUCUGGACUUUCGCACCAAUCUCUUUGGACGCGCCGAAUCGGCCGAACCUCCCGCCUCCGAAGAGGAAGAAGAAUACGAUGAUGGCGGCGACGGAGCCAAUAAUCCGCUAGAUCUGUCGGUGGGCCCGCGAAAACGCAGCGCUGAAUCGAAUCAGGAGCCCGACUCCAGCAUUGGUCAGAUACAGGUGAAGAAGAUUUUUAAGACGUCGGAGAGUCCACCGGCGAGCCAUGCAGCUGCUGCUGCCGCCGCCGCCGCUGCUGCACCACUCUUGCCCGGCGUAAAUCCCUAUCUGGCGGCUGUGGCUGCGGCCAACAUCUUUCGGGCCGGACAAUUUCCCGAUUGGAAUGGCAAAAGCGAUCUGGUGGUUGAUCCCCUGGAGAAAAUGUCGGAUAUCGUCAAGGGAGGCGGUGGUGUGGGCAAUCGCAAGGAAAAGAGCAUCAAGAUGCCGCCCACAUCUGUAGCCGCACCACCACCACCCACCCAGAUGUCCAAUAGUAACACGAGUGCUAAUAGUAGCAGCGGUGGUUCCGGAGCCAACACAGCACCCACAGAGAGCGGUGUAACCAAAGCUCGCCACAAUAUCUGGCAGUCGCAUUGGCAGAAUAAAGGCGUGGCCAGCUCCGUGUUCCGCUGCGUGUGGUGCAAGCAAAGUUUCCCCACCCUCGAGGCUCUUACCACCCACAUGAAGGACAGCAAGCAUUGCGGCGUUAAUGUCCCUCCUUUCGGCAACUUGCCGAGCAACAAUGAUCGUCAUCAUCACCAACCACCACCAGCACCACCAGCUCCAAGGGAAGUCAACAACAGUGGUUCGCACGGUCUGCGAAAGCAAGGCGGAGCCGGCCACAACAAUAAUUCACCGUCGGCCAAUGUCAAGAAUGCGUUUCAAUAUCGCGGGGAUCCGCCGACCCCGUUGCCGCGGAAAUUGGUGCGCGGCCAGAAUGUGUGGUUGGGCAAGGGAGUGGAGCAGGCCAUGCAAAUUCUAAAGUGCAUGCGCUGCGGCGAGAGUUUCCGCUCGUUGGGCGAAAUGACGAAGCACAUGCAGGAGACUCAGCACUACACGAACAUACUCUCCCAGGAGCAAACGAUCAAUAUGAAGAGCUCGGCGUCAGCUUCAGGCGGUGGCAACUCUGGCUCGGACCACAAAGAUGGUCAGAACAGUCUCAGCUCCGAGGAGAGUCGCACCUUGAGCGCCGUACUCACUUGCAAGGUGUGCGAUAAAGCCUUCAACUCACUUGGUGAUCUCAGCAACCAUAUGGCCAAGAAUAAUCACUACGCCGAGCCGCUGUUGCAAUCGAUGGGCGGUGGUGCGGCGGGCAGUCGUAAGCGUCCGGCGCCGAAAAAGCGUGAAAAAUCGCUACCAGUGCGCAAGUUGCUGGAGAUGAAGGGCGCCCAGCAGGAGGAGCUGCAACAGCAGGACAAGAUGCAGGUGAAACGCAUGACCAUGGAUGGUACUGGCCUGGGACCCAGUGGCGAUAAAACAGAGGCGCUUUUUGCCGAACGCAUGCGUCAGUAUAUAGCCGGAGUCAAGUCUCCCGAGGAAAUGGCAGCUAAGGCCGCUGCCGCACAACUUAUCGCAGCGAAGGCCAACAAGUCGCCCGAGCUGGAGCCCAAGAAUGGCACCAACAAGGCCGCCGCAGGUGGAGGCGCCAACGCGGGCGCCUCUUCGGUGCUCAGCGCUAUUGAGCAAAUGUUUACCACUAGCUUUGAUACGCCACCCAGACACGCAAGUCUGCCGGCCACCAGUCCCUCGAAUUCCUCGACUAAAAACACCUCGCCGGUAGCCUCGAGCAUACUGAAGCGCUUGGGCAUCGAUGAGACCGUGGACUAUAACAAGCCCUUGAUAGAUACAUCGGACCCAUAUUUCCAACAUUAUCGCUACACCAGCAGCGAGCGCAGCGGCAGUGAAUGCAGCGCCGAGACGCAUGCGGAGGCGGCACGCAAGCUGGACGCACCCACACCCACACCAGAGGAGUCGAAGGUCAUUAAACAGGAACCACAAGUGGAACACUCUACACAGCCAUCGCCCGUCAAAAUGGAGAUUAAGUCUGAGCUUAGCGAUGAGCAGGAAGAGGCUAAUGAGCUGCCUGCCAUGGAGCCGACAACGCCCAAGACUGAACCCAUGACUGUCAAUGGUAGUUAUACCAAUAACAACAACAACAAUGUAGAACGUCCAAAUAGCUCGCCUAAAUCGGCAGCAGCUAGUCCCCAAUCCCUAACCAACCGCAAUUUGCUGCCACCGCGCAGCCCAGCGGAUAGUCAACGCAGUGCCACGCCCAAAUCUCCGGCCUCCAGUCACAAGUCCUAUGAUGGAAGCGAGACCAAGAAGUACCCGAGUGAUUCCCUGAACGCGCUCUCCUCGAUGUUCGACUCCCUGGGCAGCAGCAGCUCCACAAACGCUCCGGGUGCGAAUACACGAUCCAAGCUGGCCGCCGCAGCUGCAUCGUCGUCCACGAGCGGUAUGGAGAGUCCAGAAAAUCUGAGCGCUACCAAUUCGCUGGCCGCCUUGCGUCAAUUCUGCGUGAAGAAAGAGAAGACUGCCUAA